AUGGAUUUAUUAAAACAGUCAAUAUUUCAAGCAAUUGAUGAGGCGUCAGAAGAACUGGGAAAGCUGAGCACAGAUAUAUGGCGAAAUCCAGAACUGAACUUUGAGGAACAUCAUGCGCAUGAAAUAUUAACCAAUUUUCUUGAACGUAAGGGCUUCAAUGUCAGAAAGAAAUUUGCGAUAGAGACUGCAUUUAAAGCGGAUCUAGGCUCCACAGAUAAUGGACCCAACAUUGCAGUUAUUUGUGAAUACGAUGCGUUACCGGAGAUCGGACAUGCAUGCGGACAUAAUUUGAUUUCUGAAGCUGGUGUUGCCGCUGGUCUCGGAAUAAAAGCAGCAUUGGAGAAAGCAGAAAAACCAUUUGGCAAGAUAACUGUUUUAGGAACCCCUGCUGAGGAGGGAGGUGGAGGUAAAAUUGACAUGAUAAAUGCUGGUGUCUUUGACGAUAUUGAUGUAGCCAUGAUGGUUCAUCCAUGCCCAAAGACUGUAUCCCAUGGUUCUUUUGCAGCUGUUGAUACGGUUACUAUCAAAUACACAGGGAAAGCUGCGCACGCUGCAGCCUACCCAUGGGAAGGAGUUAACGCCCUUGAUGCAGCGGUAUUAUGCUACCAGAAUGUGUCUUGCUUAAGGCAACAGAUGAAACCUACAUGGAGAGCUCAUGGAAUAAUAAACAAAGGGGGUAUCAAACCAAACAUAAUACCAGAAUUCACUGAACUAGAGUACUACUUCAGAGCGCCAAUCAAACAAGAACUAGAUGAACUGAGAGACAAGAUGAAAUCCUGUUUUGACUCGGCAGCAACAGCCACUGGAUGUCAGGUGUCCUACUCGUUUUCCAGCAAGCCUUAUUUGAACCUUGUAACUAACAAUAAAAUGGCAGACGUCUUCAGGAGUAAUGCACAAUCUAUUGGUGUAAAAUUUGACGCCAAAGAGGAUGAAAUAGCAGGUUCUACAGAUAUGGGGAAUGUUUCACAAAUUAUUCCCAGUAUUCAUCCGAUAUAUGCCAUUGAAACGAACUCUGGAAAUCAUACAAAAGAUUUUGCCACUGCGUCAGGUGAUCCAAAGGCUCAGUUGCACACCCUGAAUCAAGCAAAAGCUAUGGCACUUACCUGUCUUGAUAUCUUUACAGAUGAAAAUUUAUUAAAAGAUAUAAAAGAUGAAUUUGCAAUGUUUAACAAAAACUCAAAAUGAGAUAAACGAUGAAGAAAAAGAAAUGGAAACUUACGGAUAUAUUAAGCAGUCAAAGAUUCUAUCAAAUUGUUUUUGCAUUAAAUAGAUAUUUACCAGUUAAUCAAUGGUCUAUAAUAAAGUAU